AUGAGCAGCGAGCGCAGGCGGCGGGGACUCGCGGGGGGCCGGGGGAGACGAGGCCGCGAGAAGCCGGGCUGCGUCCCCAGGCGCACCGCAGGCGGUGGCGGGUUCCCGCGGCUCCGGCCGCCUCCAGCCGGGGCCCGCCGGCCCCACCGCCGCCUCGGCCAGGCCGCAGCCCCCGGCCCCCGCCCCGCCCCCGCUGCCCGGCCCCGUCCCCUGGGCCCGCCUGCUCCCGCCGGCUCCCGCCGGGCCUCCUCCCGCCCGCGCCCGCCCUUCGGCUCCCGCUCCCCCGGGAGCAGCGGCGGCGGCGGCAUGGCCCGGGCCCGCGGCCAGGCCCCGGGGAGCGGCGGGCGGCGGCGGCGGCGGGGCGGCGCGGGCCCCGGCCCCCGGGGGGAGUCGGCCGGGCUGCUGCUGCUGCUGCUCCAGGUGCUGCCGCCCGGGGCCGCGGCUGGGCCGGGGCGGCGGGGCCCGCGGGGCGGCGGCGUGUGCUGGCCCGGCGCUGCCCCUGCAUUUCCCCGGGACGCGCGGCUACUGCUGCUCCUGCCGCCGCCGCCGCUGCGGCCGCCGAGCCCCGCGCCCGCAGCCUCCGCCUCCCGGAUGGACGCUCUGCCCCGCGGCGGGCUGAGCCUGAAGGAGGAGCCGCUGCUGCCCUCCGGCCUGGGCUCCGUGCGCUCCUGGAUGCAGGGUGCGGGCAUCCUGGACGCCGGCACCGCGGCGCAGAGGUGCCUUUGCACACAGGCUCUGGGCACCCACUUCACUGCCAUGGUGGACGUGCCCCAGGAGCUGCUGCUCUCACUGUCCCUGGGCUGCAGCACCGCAGAUUCUGGGUGUGUGGGGCUGGGCAGGGCUCGGCUGAUAGACCUUGUCUGGGAUUGA